AUGCAACCACAAAGAGAUGAAUCUAUGUACUUAUCCGAAAUAGAUUCAUUGAAGCUGGAAUUGGAACAGAUAGUAAAAGAAAAAAAUGCAUUUGAGGUUGAAAACGCGAAUCUGAGGCAGAUUAUUGAAGAGAAUUCUAGACGUGAUGUAGAGUUUAAGAGCAGAAUUGAGGAGUUGGAGAAUAGUAGAGCAGAUACUGCUUUUGAGAAUGCUGAGCUUAAAACUGAAGUAGUAAAAUUAAGACGUGAUUUCGAGGAAAUCAAAUCAAAGGGAAUAACCACCGAUUCUCCAGAGCAAUUACCAAUUUCCUCAUCAGCCAAAAAUGAGACA